UGGAGAUUUCAAACCCAAUUAUCCUUUCUUCUUAAAUCUCUCUCUCUCUCUCUCUGAACUUUCUCCAUCCAAUUCCCAUUACCAUUCAUUCCCAGGUACGUUUCUUCUUCUUCUUCUUUCACAGAUCUCAUCCCUCAACUUGAGUGGUCUCUAUCUCUCUGAGUUAAAACCUAUCUGGCGGCGAUGGGUUGGUUAUGAAAUCCAUCAUCGUUCUUCGCUCAUGAAACCAAAACCCUUCUCCUCUUUCCUCUCUCAUCAUCACUCUCACACUCACAAUCACUUUAAUCUUACCAGAUACUAUUUAGGUUCACUAUCAUAUCCAAUUAUGGCCCUAACCCGAACUUCUUCGGAUUCAAUUCAACCCGAACAACAACAACAACACCCUCCACGUAACCUAACCCUUAACGGAGAAGACUCACGCGUUCAACGCGCGUGGACUCAUUGGACUAACUUAGGUCGACCUAAAUUGAUUGUUGCUCCCAUGGUCGACAAUUCGGAGUUACCUUUCCGGAUGCUGUGCCGAAAAUACGGUGCUCAGGCUGCUUAUACUCCAAUGUUGCAUUCUCGUAUAUUCUCUGAAACUGAAAAGUAUAGGAACGAAGAAUUCACUACUUGUAAGGAGGAUCGACCACUUUUUGUUCAAUUUUGUGCUAAUGAUCCUGAUGUGUUGUUGGAAGCUGCACAAAGAGUGGAACCUUAUUGUGAUUACGUUGAUAUUAAUCUUGGGUGUCCUCAGCGCAUUGCUAAACGAGGAAACUAUGGUGCUUUCUUGAUGGAUAACCUUCCUCUUGUGAAAUCUUUAGUGGAAAAACUGGCUCUCAACCUCGAAGUUCCUGUUUCAUGCAAGAUUAGGCUCUUUCCGAAAUUAGAGGACACAUUGAAGUAUGCUAGGAUGCUUGAGGAGGCGGGUUGUUUACUUUUAGCUGUUCAUGGGAGGACAAGAGAUGAAAAGGACGGUAGUAAAUUUCGAGCAGACUGGAAAGCCAUCAAGGCGGUGAAGGAUGCAGUUAGAAUCCCAGUCCUCGCCAACGGGAACAUAAGACAUAUGGAUGAUGUUAAAGACUGUUUGGAAGCGACUGGUGCGGAAGGGGUGCUUUCUGCCGAGACUCUGCUUGAAAAUCCAGCCCUCUUUGCCGGAUUUCGUACGGCUGAAUGGGUUUCUGGCUGUGAAGGAGACUUUGUAGACGGGAAUUUGGAUCAGGCAGAUCUGUUAAUAGAGUAUUUGAAUCUAUGUGAAAAGUACCCUGUGCCAUGGAGAAUUAUACGGUCCCAUGUUCAUAAGUUGUUGGGAGACUGGUUCAGCCUUCAGCCCCAUAUCAGGGAAGAUUUUAAUAAACAAUAUAAAAUUACAUUUGAGUAUCUUUAUGACAUGGUGGAUCAACUUAGGGCUACAGGUACUAGAAUCCCACUUUAUCUCAAACGUACUGAGACGGAACCUACAGAUACAGAUCAAUACAGCUAACUUCAAACGAACAUUCGGGGGUUUACCUUAGUGAAAUAUAGUCUCGAGCAGCAGACAUGGUUCUGCCAAGCAAAGCUAGUAUGUCCACACAUAUAACUCAUUUACAAUUUUGUAACAAUUGGAAAUUAGAUUGAUUCGAAUCACAAAUUUCUGUUGUUGUAUUUGAUUUCAUUCUUAUGGCAAUUGCCUAUUAGGCCCAGUGGUGUUGUACACAUUACUGUGUUAAAACGCAGAUUCUUUUUUUGAGCUGACAAUUAUUUGUGUUCGUCUUUAACAUUUCAUAGCUUCGAUUGGUGUAUGUUUCUGAUCGCUUUAAUGUAUUGAUAAUGAUAUUAUUAUGACUUCAUGUCAACA